AUGGCGGACGCACAGACGUGCCGGCUCGGGCGAGGGGCGAGGGCCGCCGGCCUGUCCGGACCCUGCGUGCCCUGCCCGGUGCUGGCUCGGACGGAUUAUUUUGUUUGUCCGCAGGCCAUCGAGGGAACUUACAUUGACAAGAAGUGCCCUUUCACUGGCAAUGUGUCCAUCCGGGGGAGAAUCCUGUCGGGCGUGGUGACGAAGAUGAAGAUGCAGAGGACCAUUGUGAUCCGCAGGGAUUACCUGCACUACAUCCGCAAGUACAACCGCUUCGAGAAGAGGCACAAGAACAUGUCUGUGCACCUGUCGCCCGCCUUCAGGUGAGCGCCCCCCGCUGUCCGAGCUG